GGGCCCAAAGGCCAGCGUAGCUCGAAGGGCCAGUUGCGGGUUGUCAGAGUGGUCGCUGCCAGAGUGGGGCGAGACUGCGUCGCUUGGAAUUGCCUGCCUGGGGCCCGCGUAAGGAUGAGAACGCAGAGGACGCAGGGCCACUGGAGGCGCAGAAGCUGCUAGCUCCUUUCCGCGCCCUCCUGCCCGCGCUCCCGGCCCUGGAGACCAUGAGGUUCCGUAUCUACAAGCGGAAGGUGCUGAUCCUGGCGCUCGUGGUGGCCGCCUGCGGCUUCGUUCUCUGGAGCAGCAAUGGGCGACAAAGGAAGAACGAGGCCCUCGCCCCGCCGCUGCUGGACGCGGAGCCCGCGCGUGCCGCCGGUGGCCGGGGCGGGGACCAUCCCCCCGUGUCCAUGGGCAUCCGUCGGGUCUCCAACGAGUCGGCAGCCCCGCUGGUCGCGGGGGCCCCGCAGCCCGAGGCGGACAACUUGACGCUGCGGUACCGGUCCCUGGUGUACCAGCUGAACUUUGACCAGACGCUGAGGAAUGUAGACAAGGCAGGCUCCUGGGCCCCCCGAGAGCUGGUGCUUGUGGUCCAGGUACAUAACCGGCCCGAUUACCUCAAACUGCUGCUGGACUCACUUCGAAAGGCCCAGGGUAUUGACAAUGUCCUCGUCAUCUUUAGCCAUGACUUCUGGUCUACUGAGAUCAAUCAGCUGAUUGCUGGGGUGGAUUUCUGUCCGGUUCUGCAGGUGUUCUUUCCUUUCAGCAUUCAGUUGUACCCCAACGAGUUUCCGGGCAGUGAUCCUAGAGAUUGCCCAAGAGAUCUGGAGAAGAAUGCAGCUUUGAAGAUGGGAUGCAUUAAUGCUGAGUAUCCUGACUCCUUUGGCCAUUACAGAGAGGCCAAGUUCUCUCAAACCAAACACCAUUGGUGGUGGAAGCUGCAUUUUGUAUGGGAAAGGGUCAAAGUUCUUCGAGACUAUGCUGGCCUCAUACUUUUCCUAGAGGAGGAUCACUACUUAGCCCCAGACUUUUACCAUGUCUUCAAAAAGAUGUGGAAAUUAAAGCAACAAGAGUGUCCUGAGUGUGAUGUUCUUUCCUUGGGAACCUAUACUGCCAGUCGAAGUUUCUCUGGCAUUGCUGAUAAGGUAGACGUGAAAACUUGGAAAUCCACAGAGCACAAUAUGGGUCUAGCCUUGACCCGGGAUGCAUAUCAGAAUCUGAUCGACUGCACAGACACUUUCUGUACUUACGAUGAUUAUAACUGGGACUGGACUCUUCAAUAUUUGACUGUAUCUUGUCUUCCAAAAUUCUGGAAAGUGCUGGUUCCUCAGGUACCUAGGAUUUUUCAUGCUGGAGACUGUGGUAUGCACCACAAGAAAACCUGUAGACCAUCAACCCAGAGUGCCCAAAUUGAGUCACUCUUAAAUAGUAACAAACAGUACCUGUUUCCAGAAACUCUAAGUAUCAGUGAGAAGUUCGUGGCAGCCAUUUCCCCACCUAGGAAAAAUGGAGGGUGGGGAGAUAUUAGAGACCAUGAACUCUGUAAAAGUUAUAGAAGACUGCAGUGAGGAAAAAAAUCACAAUUACAAAAGCAAAAAUGACAGUCUUCUAUUUUUGAUAUUUGUCUCAACAGGACAGACAGUUGAAUAAAAGAGUUUAGGGAUUGGUUUCUGCUUUAAUACAAAAAAUUCUUGUAAAAGGUGUCCAAUUAUAGUAAUCAUUUUCCUUUAUGUCUGAUUAAGAUUUAAAACACAAGUUUUCAUUUUGGGAGUUGGGUUUUAAAGCUCUGUAUCUGGUAAAGGUAAUCAUUACUGUGAGAGAAGAGAAAUUUUAUUUAAAUUGCAUCUAUUAAUCUUUUUACCUGGAACUUUGUAUACGUUUCCAUUUUCGAAGUUAUUUAAAAUUGUCAUAGCAGUAAAAAGUAUUACAACAAAAUUGUUAAGUAUUAAUGGAACAGGCCCAGUUUCACUCUCCGCACAGUUACUAGGAAAGGAUUGCUUCACUGAUUUUAUCAUUCAGAAGUUAUGUUUGUUAAACACCCUGUCAAAACAGAAUCAGUUUAAGUAUUGCAGAUUCCUGUAUUAUUGUGUUAAGAUUUGCCUGUGCUUUGGAACCUUCAUAGAACACUUUCUUUUGGAAUGUAUUUGGUAAGAAAAUUUUAACACUUUUCACCUCAGUGUAGAAAUAAAAUGGUUUUGUUUCUUUUUUCUUAUUUUAGUGCUGCCAAAAUAAAAUAAUCAUUUUUGCAUAAAGAGGUUCCUAAUCGUUUUGCAGAAUAAAUUUUACGUAUUCUUUACACCAAAAUUCAGAAUAGGCAUUCUAAAAGUUUUAAAGUUAGCAUUACAUGUUCAUAUUUACUAUUUGUACGUUACAUAACUGAGUUUGAAUUAGAGAAAACCCAGCUCUUGACAAGGCAUUUCCAUUGAAAGAAACUGGCUUUCAAAUUAGCCAUGCAUAGAUAAUGAACAAUAAAAAGCUGCUGUGUAAGGGAAAUACAGCCAGAAAUAAUACAAAGUUCAGACAUGCUGAAGUGAAACAUGUUCUAGUACCAGCUUUAUUUUAACCAAAAUACUUUUUAAAAGGACACAGUAAAUAACAGGAAAUGGGCUUAAAAUGUAUUCCACAUUUAACAUUGUUUCCCUUAAACAGUGUACAAUUCCAUCUAACCAAAAAUUAACUCCAAUUUUUGUGUAGAUACUACAAUUAGUCAUUUCAAUCUAAGAAAAUUGUGCAUUAAGUAGUGUUUCAAAAUUAUUGCAGCAAAUUAAGCAUUUUAUGGUUGAAAAAUGCGUUUGGUCACCUAAGGUGGGGGAAAUGGUUCUCUUGUUUUAUGAGCUGGCUACAUUUAUACUGCCCUCAACCCAGUCUAGUUCCAGAUUUUAUCAGGAUUUUAAAUGUAAAUCAGGAUGAGUUGCCAGGCUUUGUACCAGCUUUUGGUGCUCUGAUAUGACCUCCCCAGUUCAUGGGAUUAAAGGUAUUAAGUAAUUUCCAGGACCAAGGUAAGUCCAGAUGUUUGAAUUGGUAGCUCUUUUUGGAACAAAUACAUCAGCUCAUGUUCUCUGGGGUCAGAGAUUAGGUCAACAGAUACUUUUCUUUCUACGUUUUAUUUUAUGCUGUCUUAAAAAUUUGUAAGGAAAAAAAUCUAGUAGGAUUUUUUUUGGCCUCAAAUAAAAGUACUAUUCCACAAAAUAACAGCCACAGAUAUAUUAUCUACUGCUGCCUUCUUUUGGGUAUCAUAAAGGAAAUUGGUUAGAAAACCCUUUGUUGUCUUCAUGUAAUAAUAUAAGUUCCCUGUGGAAGCAAAUCUCCAGGUUUUUUAGUUUUCCUGUUCUAAAAUCCAGAAAUGUAUUCUGUAAAACCAAGAGAUGUUUUAGUAUGUAGCAAUAACUUCUAAAAAAUCUCUUUAGCCCUGCCUGGCUGGUGUGGCUCAGUGGAUUGAGUACAGGCCUAUGAACCAAAGGGUCACUGAUUCCAUUCCCAGUAGGGGCACAUGCCUGGGUUGCAGGCCAGGUCUCCAAUAGGGGGCGUGCAAGAGACAACCGUACAUUGAUGUUUCUCUCCCUUCCUCCCUUUUCCC